AUGGUUAGCAGAAAUUCGGAUGAGGAUCCCUUUAAUACUUCAAAACAGAAUGUGAUGAAGGAUGCUUUGGUUGCUGUCCAGGAGGUGCGUAUGCAACAACAUAUUAUGUUAAAGCAAAAAUCUCGUAACAAAUGGAUUUUGGAGGGUUCAAGUAAUACUUCUUACUUUCAUAGUACUAUCAAAACUCGUAGAAGCACCAAUACUAUUUCAGAGUUGGUGGCUGAAGAUGGGUCAAUUAUCAAUGAGCCGAACCAAUUAAGGGAUCAUGUGGUUUCUUAUUAUGAGGCUAAAUUUAAUGGGGAUGACUUACCAAUUGAUGAGCACUUGUUUGAGUAUGAGCAUAAUUCCAUAUAUUUGGAGGAGAGUCGGAUGUUGGAUGUUAUUCCUUCAAUGGAGGAAAUUAAAGCGGCGGUUUUUGAUUUAGGGGUGGAUAGUGUUCCAGGUCCGGAUGGAUUCUCAGGGUGUUUUUAUAGACACUAUUGGGAUUUAAUUCAUCAAUACCUAUCUAAGGCUAUUAUUUUUUGCCGGAAUAACAAAACUAUUCCUAAUGGGGCUAACUCUAGCCUCAUUCUUUUGCUUGCUAAGGUGAGAGGCACUGAUAGUUUAAGGAAAUAUAAACCUAUUGGUCUAAGUAAUUUUUUCUUCAAAAUCUUUACUAAAAUUCUGGCUACUAGACUUGGUAAGGUCUUGGAUAAUUUGGUCUCGGAGGAACAAGUGGCUUUUAUGAAGGGGAGGAAUAUUCAUGAAAACAUUAGUUUGGCUUCAGAGAUGGUGAAUGAGCUUCACAUUAAAAGGAAGGAUGAGGAUGUUCUGAGUAGAAACAUCACAAAACUCUUUCAAAAUAAGUGCAUGACUCAUAUGCUGAAGCGUAAUGGUAUUGAUCCAACUCAUUUUUUCUUUGCUGAUGAUAUUACGAUCUUUUGUAAGGGAAAUAUGAAGAAUCUGACAAGCUUGGUGAAGCUGCUUGAUGAUUAUCAACGUGCUUCUGGUCAGCGUGUUUGUAGGGAGAAGAGAAAGAUAUACUUUGGUGGAGGGUCUUUGAAUAGGCGCCAAACAAUUGUAGAUUUCUUAGGCAUGAAAGUCACUUAUUUCCCGGAUCGAUAUUUGGGUGUUAAAGUGAUGCCUGGGGCGGUGAAGUAUAGACAUAUCAACAAUGUUGUGGACAAACUUAAAGACCAGCUUUCGGUUUUUAAAGGUAAGAUGCUUUCCUUUCAAGAUAGCGUGGUACUUGUUAAAACUGUCCUUUCUAGCUAUGCGAUUCAUAACAUGGCUGUGUAUAAGUGGCCAGUAAAAUUUGUUAAACAAUGUGAACGAGUGAUUCGUAACUUCCUUUGGUCGGGAGACUCGAAUCUUUCUAGAGAUUUUGUGGUGGGAUAUGACAAGAUUUGCAGUCCGGUGAGGGAAGGUGGUCUUGGGUUAACUAGUUUAAUAGCUAUGAACAAGGCGCUGAUCAUGAAGCUGUGGUGGAUAUUAAAGCUUCAAAGAAGAAAUGGGCUAGUUUCUUAG